AUGGUGGAACACUCGACUUCCACGCCGUACGUCUCGGUGAUGGACCAGUAUGGCUACCAAAUUGGCAAAGCCAUCGGGCACGGCUCCUACGGGACCGUCUACGAAGCUUACUUCUCCAAGCAGAAGUCCAUGGUGGCCAUUAAGAUCAUCUCCAAGAAGAAGGCCUCGGAGGAUUAUCUCACGAAAUUCUUACCCCGGGAAAUACAGGUGAUGAAGAGCCUCCGUCACAAAUACGUCAUCAGUUUCUACCAGGCCAUCGAGACCACCUCCCGCCAUUACAUCAUCAUGGAGUUGGCACCAAGCGGCGAUGUCUUAGAAUGGAUCCAGAAAUCCGGGGCCUGUUCGGAAGCGCUGGCUGGCAAGUGGUUCUCGCAGCUGACCCUGGGCAUCGCCUAUCUGCAUGGCAAGGGCAUCGUGCAUCGGGAUUUGAAGCUGGAGAAUCUGUUGUUGGACAAGCGGGAGAACAUCAAGAUCUCGGAUUUCGGCUUCUCCAAGAUGGUGGCCCCCCAGACGCAGCCCCCGCCCACCCCGUCGUACCGCAUGAUGAGCUGUUUCUCCCACCUCAGCCAGACCUACUGUGGCAGCUUUGCCUAUGCCUGCCCGGAGAUCCUUCUUGGCCUGCCUUACAACCCCUUCCUCUCCGACACCUGGAGCAUGGGGGUCAUCCUCUACACCUUGGUGGUGGCCCACCUGCCCUUCGACGACACCAACCUCAAGAAGCUGCUCCGGGAGACGCAGAAGGAGGUCAACUUCCCCAGCCACGUCCAGAUCAACGACGAGAUUAAGCCAACUCGCCACUGGACAACAAGAGUUACACAAAUAUCAAGAAAGGGUGGAAUAGCAUCGUGA